AUGUACGAGGACGUUGCGAACUCACAGCCGACCGUCAUGAUGAGACGGAAGCUGAUCCGACUGGGGCAAUGCCAUGUUAUCGAGAGAUGUGACGGAAGCGGAGAAGCUUACACCAUCUCGGAGGGCUCGAACUACUUCGCGAACCGCUUCAGAAAGUGGUUGGGUAUGACUCAGGCGAUGAGUUACAAGAUCUACAAGGGCGACACCCUCAUUGCCGUCGCCGAAGAGACGCAGAAUGGCUUCGAAUCUAUUGCCUUCCGGAAUAUCAGCUCCCGCAGGGAGCUUGCAUCCUCCGUGCUGGAAGGGCGUCACUUCCACGGCCAGUACGACCUCUGGCUGGUGGACGCCAAGAAAAAGGAUGCCGACCUCCCUGCCUACGUGAGCAGUGCUGCAACGCUCCUUUAUGCCUUCUUCGUCAUGCAUCAGAGAGGACACAAGAUCAAAGUGGACCCGAACGGACCAGAAGGUCAUGGCGGUCAUGACGGUCCUUCCUUUUUGGCGGCGACAGUGGAGAAUGCGACUGUGGCAAACGUACCGUCUGAAAUCGUGGGUUCAGGUCUGAGAGCAGAGGACAAUGGGCCUGUGAGGGCUGAAGUGUUCGCAUCUUUGAUCCAUGCGGGCCCAAGUGCUUCCCCCGUUCGGACGUGGCCUCUGUCGUGGCGAUUGGUUUCUGCCAUGGCAGUGAAGGCCAGGCAUCGUGGCCCCAGGCCAGCAGCUCUUUUACUGGUUGCGCCCAUUCUGCUGCUGUCAUGGGCUUGCGGGUGGAACUUGAGCUUUGCCCUUGGGGUUUCUCCGCGGAGCAGACCGACGCCGCAAACUGGCGGCGCGCGCAUGCCCUUCCCUGAUGCAGAGGCAGCAUCCAGCUCCACAGCCUCCUUCCUCGCAGUGGGUGGCCUGGCUGCGGCAGUGACGAUGGCGCCCUGGAAGCACUGGCAAAUGGAAAGCGUCAUGGAUGCGAUCCUUGUGACUCUGACUGUGGUCUCCAACCUGGCCUCGGCCUCGAAGCGGGCGAAGUUGGUCGGAAGAAAAGCAGAAGAGGUGGAGGACUGGUCCUUGGACUCAGUCAGCAAGAAAUUUGCACCUCAGGUCGCGGAGAUUCGCAAGCUUUGCAAGGAUCUGCCAGAGGAUUUCGAUGAUACCAAACUCCUCCGCUAUGCCCUGCAGCAUCCAGACUCACCCGGCGACGCCGCAGCAAACGUCAAGGAAGUCCUUGAGUGGCGCCAAGGCAGAGACCGGGCAGCUGUGAUCCUGCAAAGACUGGACAUCAAUAGCCUUUGCCACCUACUUGUAGCAUUGACAGGUGAAGGUGCAGGCAUAGUCAAAGCAGCCGCAGAUGCCAUUGCCAAGGCCCGGGAGACCUGCCUAUGCUUUGCGGAACUGCAGUGGUGCGAAUUCGUUCAGACGUACCUGGCAAUGAGCUGCGAGAGAGCAGCUGCUCAAGCACUUGAACAUGUUGAAGGAAAUGACCACUGA